GUACAACUGAGUAGAGAGCGUGAGAGAAUGUAAACGAUGUGGAAAUAUUCGUGGAGUGUUGAAGAUUAUUUUAAUUUGGACUAGGUGUUUUUAACAGGAUAGGAGGGGAAUAGUAUAUCAAGAUGAGGAGGAUUGAAACGAACUUGUAUUGGGGUGUAUGGUGUGGUGGAGUCAUUUAUUCUCUGUACUGCUUUGCUCAAUCUUCUAAAGCGUUUCAGUAUAUGUUGGAUCCCACAGAUUUUGUUGAAGGCUGGUCAUUAUUUUCUAGGCAGAAGGAUAACUCAGAUUAUGAGUGGUUGAUGAUUCAACAUGCUAUCCAGAAACACUGGUUGUGGAUUGUCUUACACAUCUUCCUCAGUCAGAUGUGCCAACACCUAGUUACAACAAAGGGGUUGAACAUCUUUUUCACAGGAUACACAACAUUAUUUUUACUACUCUCUAUGAGUUGGAAGAUCACAGUUUGUUUUGCUGUUUAUGUUCUGCUUAUGUUUGGAGUACACAAACUUGGAAGAAGCUAUCUUUGUUUUGGACUGACAACAACUGUUUUAUUUUUCCUUCAUAAUAACAAGCAUGUAAAUGUGAAAAGCUUUUUAAUUGAUGAUGAAAAAGAAGGUUUUCUAUUAGAUGUUGGAAUGGCAUGGCUUAGUGCAAGAUGUGUUAGUUUUUCCCUUGACAGAAUUUGGCAAGGUCACCAGACAACGAGCUGGGAUGAUGUAGUAUCUAUUUAUGGGUACUGCUUCUACUUGCCAUUGUUUUUUACUGGCCCUAUCACAUUGUAUUCUGAGUUUGUUGAACAACUGAAUACUUCCAAACACUGGACUGCAAACAGAUUAAUUAACACAUUCAUGUCAUUUCUUCACUAUCUUGUGGCGUACUUGAUGCUGGAACUCUUUCAACACUUUGUUUACUCUUCUGCUAUUCAGUUUUACCCAGAAGUGGCAGAUAAUUUUGACUCCUGGACAUUGUGUGGUUUGGGUUAUGCUUUACCUGUGGCUUUUUAUCUGAAAUACUUUGUUAUUUAUGGAGCAGCUGGUACUUUAGCCUCACUGGAUGGCUUGGCUGUUCCUCCUCCCCCGAAGUGUAUCAGUCGUCUUCACAGGUGUACAUUUCUGUGGAGACACUUUGAUAGAGGCCUUCAUCUAUGGAUUUUAAGAUAUCUAUACCAACCAAUUGUAGGGGAAUCUGGAAAGUUAUGUAAAAGAAUAUUGGCAUCUUCUGUCAGUUUUGGUUUUGUUUCCCUCUGGCAUGGAUUGGAUAAGGCUGUUUGUAUAUGGGGAUUUUUUAAUUUUGUUGGUGUUGCAUCAGAAAUGCUGGCAGGCUGGGUUUCUUCUUCCAGGCUCUUCCAAAUAUUUCAGGAAAAUUGGUUAUCUGUUUCUGGUCAGCGGAGAUUUGAGUCUCUCUGUGCAGCUCCAUUUUUUAUGCUGAUGUGCAUUUCUUGUAUAUUUUUCUUGUCAAACUGGAACCUUGGCUGGAAAUUUAUUAAUAAGAUUGCUUUAGGUUUUCCUGUACCCUUGUUACCUGUAUUGUUCAUCAUGUAUUGUGGAGGCCACGUGUCUUUGGAUGUACAAGAAUGGGAAAGAAGAAAAGAAAAAACAACAACAUGAUAUUGCUUAAUUAGUUUGUAUAAAAUUUGUAUAUUUAUACAACUUUGGGCUUUACAUUUCUCUAUACACACUGCAUGACUCUUAGUUAUUCCUGUACUAAGAGAGGUUUCUGUUUGACAAAUAAGCACUUCUCUGGCAAGUAGAAAUUUAUUAAGAACUUGUUCAUCUAUUAAUAGGUGAUAUUUUAUGUCAGAUGUUUUCAUAUCAAAAACAAUUAUCUGAAGUAGUUUUUCAUGGUGGCCAUAUAUUCCAGGCAGACCAAGUACGAAUGUAUGUGCAGCCCAGUAAUUUAAUACUGGAUGACUGAUGAUAACUUUUAUUUUACUUAUAUAUAAAUAAAAUAAGCAUUAAGAAAUUCUUUGCACUUUAAAUUCCAGUCAUCACCUCAAAGUCAUAAGGGAUAUUGUCUGUGGUAAUAGCUCCCAACUGUGUUGGGAUAUCCCAUCUACCAGAGAAAAUCCAAAUGCCGAUGUUAAACUAUCCAGCAAUCAUGGAAAAUCAAUUAAGGGUAAGGAGUUGAGUGCUUACAUCCACAACGUCUCAACUCCUACUGCCUUUCACUGUCUGCAGCUAGUUGUGGGAAAGCAGUAACCCUUAAAAGUUCUUCUAAUUCCUAAAGUAGAAAUGAAAUUAAACCACCCUAAUACUGCCUUCCCCAACUGGCUGCAGACAGUGUAAUAGGCUUCUCUAUCGUGGGAAUGAGAGAGCGUCGUUUGGGGUAACAAGACACCAAUUACAAUAGAUUUUUUUAAAAACCCAGGAUAUGUAGCUGUGAGAGGGUACACAGGUCAACCAACUUGAGGAAAUUUACAAGUAAAGCAAGGAAUAAAUGACACUGAGUCCCAUUCUACACAAGAGGAUAUAUAUACUUUAUUAACAUUGAUGAACAUGAAGACUUGAAGGCUUAUACUGCAUUAACCUUUAUUAACAUGAAGGAUUAUAUUUUUGUCAACAUUGAUUAACAUAAAGGUUUAUACUUUCAGUAACAUUUAUUAGUUCUAUAAUGUUCCUAACCUUAAAACCUCAUCUACAUUACUUAGUUAACUUUAACAACUUUUGCAUUAUACAUCAUGGUUCCUCCUGGCAAUAUUAUCAGUUAAGGGAAAAUAGCAAUAAAACUUAAAUAAAGUUAGUGUAGUGGAAGUCUUGCAUGUGUAUGUAAACUGCCAUUCUGUGUUCUUGUAUAUCUUGGGAACUUAGUUGAAGAACUGGAGCAACUGGAAAACCUGGAAUCCUCUGGAGCAACCUUGAGUCUGGGACACCUUGAUAUCAGGGACAACCUUGCUUUUGGUCCAGAGACAUAGUUUUAAAUGAUUUUCAGCAUAAUCCAUCCAAACUCAUGGGGAUAGACUUCAAGUUGAUUGAUCCAUCAAUUACAGUGGACUCGUCUUUCUUUAGUGAUUGGUGCCCAGUGACCCAGGACUGGACGUCAAAUGACAUAAAAGGUUACGGGAAAGGUUAUUUAUGUAUACAAUUUCUCAUCCUGUCUAGUCUGUCUUGAAUAAACAGUUUUCCAACCAUCUAGUUAGAAUCACCUUACGUGAGAAUCCUCACUUCUCACUGAUAUGUAGAUGAUGUUUAAUACAAUACGAGUUGCUCUUGACAAGUAUGUUCAAUGUUCACCUUUUGUUAGCAUUUCACAACUAAUUUUUCAUAACACAUCCACAAGUCUAUAGCUUAGCUCAUAAGAAAACUUAGUCGAAGCAUGUGUUUGUUUUAAAGGGGCAGUUAAGCUCGAGUGAAAGCUUAGGUGAAGCAUUUGUUUAUUUUCAAGUGCUUCAACAGUGAAAGGCAGUAGGAGUUGAGACGUUGUGGAUGUAAGCACUCAACUCCAUACCCUUAAUUGAUUUUCCAUGAUUACUGGCUAGUUUAACAUCAGCAUUUGGAUUUUCUCUGGUAGAUGGAAUAUCCCCAACACAUUUGGGAGCUAUUACCACAGACAUUAUCCGUUAUGACUUUAAGGUGACGACUGAAAUUUAAAAUGGAUUUGCAAAGACCUUCUUAAUGCUUAUAUUAAGUUCAUUAUUGUUUUAUAGUACUGAUUUUAAUCGCAUAUUAACAAUUAAUGUAAUUAAUAGUUUUGAGGCUAUUUAUUUCAUUAUAUAUAUAUUUAUAUACAUAGUUUGAAAUUGCAGACUGUAGUGCUUUCUGAUAUUAAUUUUGUCAUCUGAUAAUUUUUCACAUUACAACUGGAAAUGUAGAUUAUUGAAGAGAAAUGGGCUUUUAGUAAGCCAGAUAAACAUUUUUUUAUGUAUAGAGUGAACUAAAAACUUUUAUAAUAUUGGUUUCUGUUGUCAAAAAGUGCCUUACUGUCAGUUGUUAUUGAUUCAUGUAUCUGUUUAGCUCACUUGGUAGAGCACUUGUUUAGAUGAUGAUAGAAUUCAAAAAGCUAAACAAAAUGAAGACAUAUUUUCAUUAUGUAUUCAUCACCUUUAUAGCUGGACUUUUCAAUUUGUGCCCACUGUUAAUCUUAGCCAAGUAAAAUUGUACAAGUAUAAACAUUUUUAAAUAAAUAAAGAUUAGGAAGUAGGAAUUGGAGCACCAAAAAGUAAGGAAACAAGGUAGGAAUGGGCUUGAUAACAUUACAACACUUGGUGGUUUUGGACACAGUGCAACCUCAAAGUAGGUGUGCCCAUCCUUCUGCCAUUUCUAUUUCGUGUGCUUUUUGUAACUUGGUAAUUUCUCAAACUAAAUGAAUGGUGUAUAUAGCUAAAUUCCUCUGUUGUAAACUUUGUUUCAGCAUCCAAGUACAAACAUAUGUAUACAAUCAAAUUACCUGACCCUAACAAAAUGCAUAAUGUCGGUGUUUGAUGUUGGAAGUUAGGCAGGAAGUUCCAGUGGUCAUACUUUGCUUAUGGGAGAAAUUAUAGCUAUCUGACUGAUAAGGGGUGGGACAAACGAAUAUUAUCAAAACUGAUAAUUUUUGAAAUUUUUUAAUUUGUUCAGUAUUUUGAAAGAAUCAGAUACUGAUAAAACUCAAGUUUGUCCAACACAAAACCCUUGAGUCAGAUUUAUAUAACUUAAAACUUCACUUUCAAUAGUUAGAUGAUAGUUAUAAUCUGGAGGUAGAGAAUCUAUAUAGUCCACAUUUUUUUUACCUGGCUAAGACAGCUGCAGACUGAUCACAUAGCAUGUGUGCAUAUGCAAUCAUGCACCUGCAUAUGAUAUGAAGGCAGGUUGCUACAUGGCAACUCACAGUGUGUGCUUGUAAUCACAGAAUAUGGAUACUAGUAUAUUGUUAUCUCGUUAGUAAUUUUGCAAACUGGUUAUUGUUAUUAAUUGCUAUAUACCAAGGUUAUAAGUAAAACUAAGAAAAAUGCUUUUAGGCAAAGUAGCGUAAUUCAAUCAUGUGCAUCAAAUUUGCAUAAGAUGAAGGUAUGAGAGAGCUAUACCUUUCCAACAACGUUAAUCAAUCAGUCAGCCAGAUAGACAAAUUUGUGGUUUUGUGAAAUUUUUGUUUUUACUCUACAACUUUCUCAAGUGCUUUGGUGGCUUGUUACUCUGCAGUUGGUUUGUUUACUACUCGAGAGUGUGUGUAAAGCUCUUAUAAAGUUUUGUUUACAUACUGUUUGCAGUAUGUUUGAGAUUUUAAUUGGUAUUGCACAUGUGGCUCAUUCCUACUAUAAGUAAUAUGGUACCUAUGAUGGCAGUAGUCAAAUAUAAUAAUUCUUAAUGAAAUUUCGAAGAUAUUGUAAAUGUUAGGUAUCAGAUUUAGCUUAUUGGUAUUAGCAGGAUAAAAUUAUACGUUCUCAUGUUUUGUACUUUCUAAUAAUGAAGUCAUAAUGAUUUUAUUCUAGUAACAUUCACAGUUGAUUCUUAUUGAGAAAAUAAAUUUAUUUAUUCUCUACCAUUAAGAUGUUUACUUUUAGGAAUUAGUGUUUGUAAGAACAUUAUUAGUGCAUUAUGGGAAUGGGUAUUUUUAAGUGAGUCAACAACAUUUAAGUCGUUUCUAUUUAUUAGCUAAUCUGUUGAUAUUGACUGGGUAAGAAAAUAUUUUCUAAAUGUAUUUAGAUGUUAGCCCACUAAUGGUCACACUGAGUUUUUUUAUAUAAAUGAAAUUAUAUUUCAUACAAUUAGUUUAAUGAUUCCUGAGUCUUAGUUGAUGUAUCAACCUGUCUUUUCAACUUUGUAAACAGAUUUUAAUAAACAUAAUCAAAUGCCAAAAGUUUAGAAAAUAUAGUUGUUGAAACAUAUAAGUCAAAAUAUUAUAAUAAAGAAAUGUAUGAGAAAUUGGAUUCUAAACAGAUUUCACAAUUUUUAUAGAUAAUUAAAUUGAGGUCGUGUAUUACAAUUACAUGCUAUUUAUAUUUUGAAUGUACUUAUACAUCACCUUAAAUGUGAUAGAUACUAAUGUUUUUAUAAUGAUAAUACAUUAUUGCAAACAUUGGAUUUUUGAGCUAAUUUUCUCUGCUUCACUUUAAUGUAAGGUUGUGUAUUAAAAUAUUUCUCAAUCUAUAUUAAAGGCUUCUCAUGACAUGCUGUUUGUAUUUAAUAUUUAUUCAUAAGCCAAAUAAUCUUGAUCGCUUUCUACACGGUAUGGAAACCUCGUUAUUGUUAUAAUGUAAAAUGUUGAUGAAUUUUCGUAUAAGAUCCAACUAAUUUUUUAUUUAUAAUUUAUGACGUAUUAGUGGCAUUAAAAUGACUUUAUUAGUGA